UCUGUGUACUCAGAGCCUCUGGAGGUGUGGCUGCUUCGAGUGGAACCCUCAACCUUUGCCUCAGAGGAUUAUGAGUUUUCUGACUUCAGGGAGAAAGAGCCAGCUCCCGGAUUUACUAUCUUUCUAUUGCACAUCAGAGGCAACAUCACCGGAUCGAAGAAGCUCAUAGCUCUAGCUUUUGUUUCUGCCAAUUUGGAAUCAUACAUGGCUUCAGAUGGCAAUCUUCUUCAGGUUCCCUUGCGUCAGAAGCCGGGAAAGAAAACUCAAGGGUUUUUCACGAUGAGCCGGAGGAGGAUAUCGUGUAAAGACCUGGGGCACGCGGACUGCCAAGGGUGGCUCUAUAAGAAAAAGGAGAAAGGAACUUUCCUGAGCAACAAAUGGAAGAAAUUCUGGGUGGUACUGAAGGCAUCCUCCCUAUAUUGGUACAGCAAUCAGUUGGCAGAAAAAGCUGAAGGAUUUGUCAACCUGCCUGACUUCACUGUGGAGAAAGCAUCUGAAUGCAGAAAAAAGCAGUGGUUAAACAAGCUUGGAUUAUCUGUAACCCAUCAUGAAUCCACUACAAAAGACGAAGAAUGCUACAGUGAGAGUGAACAGGAUGAUCCAGAAAUAGCUGUGGAGACAGCACCGCCUCCUAUCUCUUCGGAGACUUUGUCCCCCUUGGCAGCAGAGCAGGCAUCUUCAUCUUCAUCUUCAUCCAAACUGAGUGAAACACCGGGCUCUUUCUCUUCCCUGGAAAAUACCGUAAAGGCAGCCAGCACUUUGCCCGCCUCCUGCUCGAAAGAAAGACAGUGCUUGACCAACAUUGACAGUUCCUCUGCUGCUGAAGAUGUGGGACCGUCUAUAGCAAUUGCUGUGGAGAUCCACCAACCGGGACCCUCAGAGGCAGACGGUCACCAGGCCCUGGAGAAAAGCGUGGCCACGUCAGAAAGCGGGGCUUUGAACUCUUUAUCUGGUGGUGACACGUCUUCAUUGAGUAGCAACCUAGACCAUCUGACUGUCCCAGACAAGCCUACGGGAUCAAAGAUGAUAGACAGAGAAGAAACAAAAGUGUCUGGAGAUGAUGAAAUGGAGAAGCUCUACAAAUCAUUAGAGCAAGCCAGUCUAUCUCCUCUUGGGGACCGACGACCUUCAACCAAAAAGGAGUUGAGAAAGUCCUUUGUGAGGCGGUGUAAAAAUCCAUCCAUAAAUGAGAAACUCCACAAAAUCCGAACCUUGAAUAGCACAUUAAAGUGUAAAGAACAUGACCUGGCCAUGAUUAACCAGUUGCUGGAUGAUCCGAAGCUGACAGCCAGAAAAUACAGGGAGUGGAAGGUCAUGAACACCAUGCUGAUUCAGGACAUCUAUCAGCAGCAGCAGGACCCUGCAUCCGCAUCAGCCCCUGCAGGCUCCCCCUAGGGAGUCCGGAAACCAUCUUCCUCUGCCUCUGUUGAAAGUUCUGUUUGACAACAAGCCAGCAUUCUCUGCCCUUCUCCCCCCAGGCAACUCUUCAAGAUGUUGCAAGAGCUUACAUUUUCCUUAAAAGGAAAACUGAGACCAGUUCCUCAAGUACCAGCUUCCAGUAGAGAUGCAGUCUUGAUGAGGGCCAGCACCAGGAGCAGCAGGACUCCUUCCAGGUGUGGCGUUCCCAUGGAGACUGGAGGGAUGGAGUCAAGUUGAACAGUCUUUGUGUUCCUGCUGGGAGCUCAGUUAUGCCAGACUCUAGGUGGAAUGUGAAAACUCUAGCUUCUGUUCCCUGCUCUCAAGAGAAUUACAACAGUCUGUGGACGAAGGAUCACCUUUUUACCAUAGAAAUAUUCAGUUCUCCAAUUCUACUGCGUUGGGCAGCUGAGUUCUCCAAAUCAUUUUGUUGGAUGAAGGAAUGUUUUCUAUGGCAGCAACUGGAACAGGACAAAUGUUUUUGUGGAACUGAAAUCCCCUGCCCCUGGUCCAGAAAGGUGGUACCUUUUCCACAAGUGGAGAAACACUUCAUAGCGAGUGGGGUGUGGGAGAACCCAAGAAGGAGGUGUGUUCUGUAUUCCCCUCACUCAAAGGACAGCUUGAUGGGUCAUACUUCCCCAGCUGGGGGUGGGGUGGGAUCUCAUUAUCUUUCCUUUCCACAGAACAGCUAACAAUAAUGUCUCCUUAUACUUGGAGGCCUCUCCUCAUUCCCAGCGUUUCUGAACCACUAUAGGAGGCAGUAACAGGUCCCGCAAGGAAUGUUUGCUGCAGUUGUCCUUGCGUGUGUGCCUGUGCGCAGUAUAACUUUAUGUCUAGGUUCCCCAGGAUAAAUAUUGAUGAGAUCAUUCUGUUAUCUGAAUUGUUUAAAUACCUUUACUCCAAAAAAACAACAACAGCCAGCCAACAAAAACGACAAGAGAGUUAAAACAUGAUUGUUUUAUUUUUGUAUGUUGAUGUCACAUUGUGUCCUAUGUGAAUAGCCAUCUAUAAUGUUUGUUAUUUAAGUAUAUUUAUAGAAGUUCAAAUUACUAGUGUUUUAAAAGAUGAUAUACUAUUCUAUGUUUUGCUCAGUAUAUAUUCUCAAAGGAUAUACAUUUUUGCUUGAGAAAAAUAGAAAUACUAUUGAUGAUUGAUUCAUUGGAGUUAUUACAUAUAUAAUGUAUGAGGAAUGCUCAGGAAAUCUUGUGGGAUCAAUGAGGGGCAUGCAAUAAUUAUCUUUCAUUUUCUGAUUUAUCUCUUUCUCUCUCCCACCCUCCCUCCCUCCCUCCCAGCCUCCCUUUCUCCCUGCAGAGGGCUUAAAUUUCUGUUUUAAGUCACCCCCUUAACUGGAAAUGGAUUUUCAUCUUACAUUAUCCCUUUGGAUAAAUAAACUUUAAAUCUUAUGCCAUUUAUGCCCUAAACCAAAUGAAACACAACUAAUGUAGUCUUUUGCCUAAAGACCUGUAGAAAUUUAGGGGUCUGUUAAAGAGAACUAAUUUCAUUAGAGAAGCAAUAUGAAAGUCUUCCCUUACUAAUCAUCAUGAAUAUUUUUCACCAUAAAAGUAACCACAAACCACCAAAACCUCACUUUGGCCCUACCCUUAGCAAAUGGUCAUCAUAACACAGUUUUCUGUAUAGCAUUUAACCAUGGCUUGACAUUCAAAUGGAAAUAACCCCUUAGUUUUAUCUGCAAACUAAAUGGAAAUAGUUGCUGAAUAUUUUCCCAAGCUUUACUAAGAAGUCUUAAUACUUUGCAAAAAAAAAAGAAAGAAAGAAAAGAAAAACAAAACAAAA